ACGUUGACUCUAUUUUACUGCUUACGUUCCUCGCAGAUCGACAUUACGGAAAGGGCGAAGCAUUACUUCCGGUACUGGAGCGAGAGAGAUUCGGCCUGGCUUCUAUAACAAGACCUUAGUGCCCUUGGAUCAAAAACCCUGAGGAUAGCAAGGAACUCACCGAAGGCGACAGCCAAAUUUCAGAAAUAGUCAAACAGGAAGUUGACCCCGUCACCAACGAGACGAUCCAGGGUGGCCUGGAAGCGAUGAAGAUUGCUGAAUUGGCGAAUUACACCGAGGACGACAUUAGCGCUGCUCGUUGGAAAGAACUCCUGGUGCUUUACGGCCGUUCGAACUUCGAGCUGGACGACGUGGUGUACGCCAACCGGCGAGCCCUGGCAGUGUUGGGGCAUUUUGCGCGCUCGAACGAGAGCACAGCCAUGCGUCGCAUGCUGGCCUUCCACCUGGGCCUGCUCCUUUUGGACACGAAGGAGAGCGUGAUCAAGCUGAUGAAUGGACUGCGGCGCUUCGACCGCGCCGGUUUCACUGAGGCAAGUCGGCAGCGGGGCAGUUUUCAUUCGAGCAAACGCCAGUAG